CUCACGUCGAUGCGCACUUCCGCUCUGCGCACGUCCGCUUCCGUCCUUUCCUUUCCUCACGUGUGUUGUGAGAGCUCCAUGUCCAGCCGCUGCUCAACAUCCAGCAUGCCGUCAAAGAGUCUCCCUGAAGCGGAAGCCGAGCCAGACCACCUGAUGGAGGACAUCCAUAACGGCCUACAGCUGCUCAAGAAGAAGAAGAAGAAGCUGAAGGAGCAGCAGCAGACGGCAGAAACAGACGAGUGUGAGUCUCCUGCUCCUAAAAAGAGGAAGAUGAAGAUUUCCAGCGACACCACAGACCUGAACGGAAACACAGACACACACACACUCAAGGUCAAGAAGAAGAAGAUCAAGGUGGAGAAAGAGGAGGAGGAGGAGGAGGAGGAGACGAACACUCUGCUGGAGAAGAAGAAGAAGAAGAUCAAGGUGGAGCCGGUGGAGGAGAAGAAGAUUAAGGUGGAGAAAGAGGAGGAGGAGGAGAAGAAGAAGUUGAUGAACGGAGACACACACACACCCUCCACAGAGCCCGCCGCGUCCAGCACAGACUCUGACAGCGAACAGGAGAAAGAGACUCCAGAGCAGAGAGAAGGAGCUUUCUCCAACUUCAGGAUCUCACAAAACACCAUCAAACUGCUACAGGCUCGUGGCGUCUCGUACCUGUUUGACAUCCAGGUGAAGACGUUUAACGCAGUGUAUGAUGGGAAGGAUCUGAUUGGUCAGGCCAGGACCGGCACCGGGAAGACCUUCUCCUUCGCUAUUCCUCUGGUGGAGAAACUGCAGUCUGGAGACCAGGAGCGGCGGAGAGGACGACCACCCAAGGUUCUGGUUCUGGCUCCGACUCGUGAGCUGGCCAUACAGGUGACCAAAGACUUCAAGGACAUCACCAGGAAGCUCUCCGUCACCUGCUUCUAUGGAGGAAGCUCAUACAACCCUCAGAUCGAUGCAAUCCGCAGUGGCAUUGACGUCCUGGUGGGGACGCCGGGCCGAAUCCGAGAUCAUCUGCAGAACAAUAAGCUGGAUCUGUCUCAGCUGCAGCAUGUGGUGCUGGACGAGGUGGACCAGAUGCUGGACAUGGGCUUCGCUGAGCAGGUGGAGGAGAUCCUGUCUGCCUCCUACAAGAAAGAUGCGGAGCAGAAGCCGCAGACGCUGCUGUUCUCCGCCACGUGUCCCUCAUGGGUUUAUGAUGUGGCCAAGAAAUACAUGCGCUCGCAGUUCAUCCACGUGGACCUCAUCGGGAAGAAGACAACGAAAGCUGCAACCACUGUCGAGCACCUGGCCAUCGCAUGUCACUGGUCUCAGAGGGCGUCGGUCAUCGGUGAUGUCAUCCAGGUGUACAGCGGCAGCCACGGCCGCACCAUCGUCUUCUGUGAGACCAAGAAGGAGGCGACAGAGCUCUCCCUGAACACAUCCAUCAAACAGAGUGCUCAGUCUCUGCAUGGAGAUAUCCCACAGAAGCAGAGGGAGGUGACGCUGAAGGGGUUCAGGAACGGCUCUUUCGAGGUGUUGGUGGCCACUAAUGUAGCAGCGCGUGGACUGGACAUCCCGGAGGUGGACCUGGUCAUCCAGAGCUCACCACCAAAUGAUGUGGAGUCGUAUAUCCACCGGUCGGGCCGGACGGGCAGAGCUGGAAGAACCGGCAUCUGCAUCUGCUUCUACCAGCGCAAAGAGGAGAGCCAGCUGAAGUUUGUGGAGCAGAAAGCGGGAAUCUCCUUCAAGCGGGUGGGUGUUCCCACAGCCAAUGACAUCAUCCAGUCCUCCAGUAAAGACGCCGUCAGGUUUCUGGACUCGGUGCCGGCAGUAGCGGUGGGAUAUUUCCGUGAGGCGGCGCAGGAGCUGAUCCAGCAGCGGGGGGCUGUGGAGGCUCUGGCAGCAGCACUCGCUCACAUAUCAGGAGCCACCAGCCUGGAGCAGAGAUCCCUGAUCAACUCUGAGCCUGGUUUCUCCAGCAUGAUCCUCAGCUGCUCACAGGAGAUGCACAGCAUAAGUUUCGCCUGGAGAGGACUGAAGGAGCAGCUGGGAGAGCAGAUAGACCAGCACAUCUCACACAUGGUCUUCAUCAAGGGGAAGAAGGGUGUGUGUUUCGAUGUCCCAGUCAGCAAACUGAAGGAGGUCCAGGAGCAGUGGCAGGACAGUCGGCGCUGGACGCUCACCACAGCCACACAGCUGCCGGAGCUGGAGCAGAGUCUGCGGCCAAACUCAGGCUUCGGGAACAGCGGUGGGUUCGGGAACCGCUCAGGAUUCGGGAAUCGCUCUGGGAAUCGUUCAGGAUUCGGGAACCGUGGAGGACGAGGACGAUCAUCCGGCUUCAGGAGCUCAGGACGCGGUGGAGGUGGAGGACAGAAACGCAGCUUCAGUCGGGCCUUCAACUACUGACCCUGCACUCUCUGAUGGUCUGCAGACCGUCAACUUUUAUUAUUACCGCAAUUAAUAUUUGCUCGCUCAGGGCGUCAGUAUCCAUUACAUACACUGACUGCUUUUACUGCAGUUGUGCUGUUUAUAUGAGGAGUCCCACUGAUAUUAAAGUGGCGUUAAAACUA